AUGAUAGCCUCAACAAAGAAGCCCUAUUUCGGACUCACCGGAGGAUGGCUUACCUUUUGGCUCACGGUAGCAUGUGCUACUGAUAUGAUGCUAUUUGGAUACGACCAGGGUGUUUUCAGUGGCGUGGUGGUUACCCCUGACUUCUUAGAAGUCCAUGAUCUUGUUGGCCCUACCAAAACCAAAGUCCUUUCAACGGUUGCUGCCAUUUACGACAUCGGUUGUUUCUUCGGAGCCAUACUCGCCUUUACGCUAGGCGAGCGACUGGGCCGCAAGAAAGCCAUUCUUUUGGGUACCGUCAUUAUAGCCGUCGGUACCGUUCUCCAGGCAUCAUCUUAUAGCCUACCCCAAAUCUUCAUUGGUCGAAUUGUGCUAGGUCUCGGGAACGGAAUCAACACUGCAACAGCACCUAUCUGGCAAACGGAAACAGCACAGGCGAAAUGGAGAGGAAAAUUGGUCAUCCUGGACCUUGGGCUGAAUGUCGGCGGGUACUGUAUUGUCAACUGGAUAAACUAUGGACUUUCUUUCCGCGGGGGCGCCAUUGCAUGGCGUAUGCCGAUCGCUCUACAACUUACUUUCGUCGCUGUCUUACUCGUAACAAUCCCCUGGCUCCCUGAAUCCCCAAGAUGGCUCAUGACACAAGCCCGCGAAGAUGAGGCGAUGGAAGUACUUGCGUGCAUCGAGGCUACAUCCAUCAACGAUCCAGUUAUCAUAACUCAGCGUGAUGAGAUCAAAUUCAGUAUCACAUAUGAACAAGACAAUUCCGUUCGAUGGCGCGAUCUUCUGCGCCGGGGCAAAGCCGAUAAUACUAAAACUCUUCGACGGUUGCUUCUUGGUGCCGGCACACAGGCAAUGCAGCAGUUACAAGUCCUCAUGAACUCGGUCGGGCUUUCAGAUAAGAUGGCCCGGCUGCUGACGGCCUGUAAUGCGACCUCGUAUUUCAUUUUCUCGUGCGCCGCAGCCUCAAUUGUUGAGCGAGUCGGCCGUCGAGGCUUGAUGAUGUUAUCUGGUUUCGGACAGUUUAUCUCCUUCUUGGUUAUCACAAUUCUCCUAUACUUGGCUGAGAAUAAUAAGGUAUACGCCACUGCUUCUGUUGCCUUUUUCUUCCUAUAUCAUAUCGCUUUUGGAAUGGGUAUGCUGGGUGUGCCGUGGUUAUAUCCCACUGAGAUAAACUCACUCCCCAUGAGAACAAAGGGAGUGGCAGUUUCGACCGCGACUAAUUGGAUUACGAAUUUUGCUAUAGUCGAGAUUACACCUAUCGGUAUUCAAAGCAUUGGAUGGAAAUUUUGGAUUGUGUGGACUGUCCUCAACGCGGUCUUCCUGCCAAUUAUAUAUUUCAUAUAUCCAGAAACAGCAAACCGGAAGCUGGAGGACAUCGAUGCAUACUAUCGUACCAACCCGCCACUCAUCGUUGUCGGUGAUGCUGAUGCCAUUUCGACCAAAAGACCGCUUCAGUUCGUCUAUCACGAAGACGAAGAAGUUCAAAAGAAUGCAAAGGAUAUUGCCGCUGGUGCUGUAGAAUACGAGGAACAUGUUAAUUAG